AUGGAAUAUGGUCUCUUCAGACACUUCCUCCAGGAAAGAAGCCAAAUGGCUGCAAAUGGGUAUACAAGAUCAAAUUCAAACUCGAUGCACCUUCACCAACUUGACGUCAACAAUGCUUUCUUGCAUGGAGAUCUUGAUGAAGAUGUCUACAUGACUUUACCUCCUGAUUUCGGACGAAAGGGGGAGACAAGAGUUUGCAAGCUUCACAAAUCAUUGUAUGGUCUCAAACAAGCAUCUCGCCAAUGGUUUAUCAAACUCACCACUGCCCUCAAACGAGCCAACUUCAAACAAUCAAAGGCCGACUAUUCCUUGUUCGUCCGAUCCCAAGAUGGUAAAUUCACUACUCUCCUUAUUUAUGUAAAUGACGUCAUCCUUGUAGGAAAUAAUCUACAAGACAUUGAAGAUACCAAGUCAUUUUUAAGAGAUCAAUUUAAAUUGAAGGACCUUGGGCAAUUGAAAUAUUUUCUUGGAAUAAAAGUUGCACGAUCCAACAAAGGCAUUGUUCUUUCACAACGAAAGUAUGCUCUCGAAAUUCUCGAAGAUGUUGGUUAUCUAGGGGCCAAACCAAUCUCUUUUCCCAUGGAGCAAAACUUGUCCCUUGGUAAGUUUGAUGGGGACUAUAUUAGUGAUCCUUCUUCAUAUCGAAGGCUUGUUGGACGACUAAUUUACUUGACUAUCACACGACCUGAUUUGACAUAUGCGGUACAUGUUCUAAGCCAAUUUAUGGACAAACCACGAGUCCCACACCAAGAAGCAGCUUAUCGUGUAUUACGUUAUGUGAAGCAAACACCAGGUCAAGGAAUUUUUCUUCCUACAGAUAGUUCAAUCCAAUUAAAUGCAUUUUGUGAUGCGGAUUGGGCUAGAUGUCAUAAUACUCGACGAUCUGUCACUGGGUAUUGUAUAUUUCUUGGAAGUUCAUUAAUUUCCUGGAAAAGCAAGAAGCAAACUACGAUAUCACGAUCUAGCGCAGAAGCUGAGUAUCGAUCUAUGGCUGCAACUUAUUGUCAGAUUACUUGGUUGAAAUACAUCCUACAAGAUUUGGGCAUCCAACACUGA